AUGAAUUACCUAAGCUAUAUUUAUAUUCAUUACAUAUUGAAUAAGUAGAGAAACUUGAAUACUAGUUAGUAUUUUGGAUGAACUCAGGACAAACCAUACCAUAAGAAUAUAAAACACCAUGGAAGAUUCUGUGAUAUCUACCUCCUAUGAAAGUCUAGACAGUCUUGAAGCUGACCAUAGUCCUGUCACUGUUGAGGAUGACUUAGGGGCUACAGGCACUGCAGCAUAUAAUGAACAUAGGGGGGAUAACUCCAAUGUGUGUUUACAAGACAAUAAACUUGAUGAUGUUGUGGUAAGUGACAAUGCAGGUGGACCACAAACUGUGGAUGUUGGGAGAAAUACGAACUCUCCUAAUGUGACUGUUCCACGGAAUACAAAUUCUCCUAAUGGACAAGAGGCAAAGACAAACACAUCAAAUUCUAGUCAAACUUCUGUAAACUCAGCAGCAAAUGUUGAACAAAAUGCUUCAAAGCAACAGCAAAAUCCUGUGUCAAGGAAUCAGCGAUUAUACCAAGGAAUAGCCAAACACCCAGAGUAUGCAGAUGAACCAAAGAGGCGUGGAACCUUCCGAAACUGGCCAGCACGACUCCAACAGUCACCAGAAAUGAUGUCAGGGGCUGGAUUCUUUUUUUCAUUGAAUGGAGACAGUGUAAGGUGUUUUUUGUGUGGGAUUGGGUUAAGGAACUGGGACAAAGAUGACAACGCCUGGGUAGAACACGCACGGUGGUCACCCAAGUGUGCAUACGUCCUUGAGAAGAAAGGUCAAUCUUUUGUUGAUCUUGUUCAAGAUGCUGUCCGCAAUGCUGAGCUGCAACAAGCUCUAAGAGAAAACAAUGAACGGCAUUGGAAUGAAAAUAAUGCUGUAGGCUAUCAGGCAGAACAGACAGAAACGGACAGAGCAAACCCACAAAGUGAUCUUGUCACAUCACAACGUCCAGGAAGACCUGAUCAGUUUCCAUCUGAUGCAGAAAGAAAAAACCCACUUCUGUGUGAUGCAGCCCAGAGUGUUCUGAACAUGGGCUACUUACCACGGGUGGUCAAACAAUGUCUGGAUGAGUUCCUGAAACUAGAAGGUUGGCAUUCAAUGAGUGGGAAGAAGUUAAUGAAGAUGAUCAUGGACAAGGAAGAUGUUGGAGACUUAGAUCCUGAUCUUUAUGUGGUCCCAGCACAGCGGCAUCCCAAACAAGUCUUACUCGACAAAAUGUCAGUACCAAAAGCUCGACUGGAACAAGAGAUUGCUACAAUGAAGGAGCGAAUUUCGUGUAAGAUAUGUCUCCAAAACCCAGUGGCCAUUGUCUUUUUGCCCUGUGGUCAUCUUGUCAGCUGUCCUGUGUGUGCUCCUGCUCUCAAAAAGUGUCCAAUCUGUCGUGGCCCCAUGAAAGCGACGGUUAGGGUAUCAUUUGGAUCAUAAAUAUUAUAAAAAAUUACAGCCAUUCCAGAUUGAUCGUAGCCUAUCACCGAAUUGUAUAUGUUUGCAAUAACCUCUUUGAAGUUCGGGAUGCUACUAUGUUUGUGUGAAGAUUUACUGUUGGGAGAUUGGCUACGAUCUAUCUGGAAUGGCUGUAUAGGGUGCUUAAGUCAUUAUCAUUUCAUUCAAACUUUUCAUUUGUUUAGCCUUGUCAAGCUCAAAUCGAACAGUGUUGAAGACAACUGGGUUCAUACAAACUUCUUGGCUCAACGGUUAAGGUUUAAUCAUGGGUCUCUAAGGUAAUUUUGAAAAACGAAGUGCCAUUUUUAAAUCACAAACAAAAAGCAGUUUAAGGAUAAAUAUAUUUGUCAUGUUUAGUUUCUUUAUUCAGCAAGAAAUGAAUAGUCUUCAACGUUUCAAGGAAUCAACUUUUUUUUUAGGUAUCCUCAGGAUUUCUCCAAUCAUCCUCUUUUUCUCGAGAUCUUUUCUCAUGCAUUUCAAUUGUGUUGCUCCUAUGGGACCUUAAACAAUCAUCAAAGUCUAGGUUUUGCAAGACCUGUGUGAACCAUAAUUUAUACAAGUAAAGUUCAUGUUAAUAGCAACAUCAACAAAAAACAUCUGUAGCAUGUAAUAUUAACCUGUUAUGAUGAGAGUUUAAGGGAGGUGUCAUUAAUGUCAGUGGGUUAAGGAGCCUCAUACAGAUGACAAAAAGUUGGGAUUACAGACUGUUUAAAAACAAAAAUUAGGGAAAGGUUAUUGUGAGACAGUGGAACUCUCCAGUGUUUACCCUUCAGUUCUGAAGAAGCCCACAUGUUCGGGCGAAACCGGUAGACCUACAAUAAAGAAACCAACCUAUCCUGAGCUUGUUGUGAUUGAAUAUUGCCUUAAGAUAAGACUUUGACGAGUUAUACCAAGGGAGGGGGAAAAUAUUCACUUGGGUCCACUGGUGUUCUUUGUGUAUAUAUUAUGUAUAGUUUUUGCUGUGUAUAUAACAGAAGAUGAAGGAAAUGAUAGAAUUCUGUAAAAAAAAACAAAAACAAACUUGAUUCUAUGACAUUAUAGCCUGAGUGAAGAUUGUUAGGUUGAUUAUGUUCUCUGAUGAUACUGUACUGGGUAUUCCAGGUUAUUAUCUGUUAAACAGACAAACCGUGUUUACCCUAUUUGAUUUAAUUUCAUAUUAAAUGUGAAUUAUACGUGCAAUAUAUGUCUGAAGUGAUAAAAGUAUAUACUAGGCAAAACAGACCAUAUAUCAAAACUAUUACGGGUAACAUUGCAUUUGAAUAUAUAUAUACAGAUUUGAGGGAAGCAUGAAAUUGAUGAAAAAAA